AUGUCCCUGAUGACCACCUGUUCCGCCUUCUCCGCCACUCUCCUUCCGUUCCAGCCGCCGCCUCGACUCUCCGUGGCCCGCCUGCGCCUCCACCCCCGCCGUCGCGCUCUGGUCCGCUGCGCCGCGGUGUCCGAGAUUGCCCCGGCCGCCUCAGCGGCCUACGGCGUCCUCCUCCUGGGCGGCGGCGCCUUUGCAUAUGCGAGGUCGGGGAGUAAAGGCUCCAUCUACGGAGGGCUGGCUGGAGCUGCGCUCAUGGGCGCUGCCUAUUAUCUGAUGCAGUCGCCUGAGACGAUGGCAGCAGGUGAUGCUGUUGGAUUUGGAUCUGCCUUUUUAUUUGCCUGCGUGUUUGGUAUGUUCCACAUUUUUGUGCUUCAGGUCCCAUGA